AGCAAUUCAACAUAUUCCCGGCAAUAUUCAGUCGCCAGCUAAACUUUUCAGCUGCCGCGGCGAACUGCAGUCAAAACAAACUUAUGGACGAGCUGAGGCCGAACCUCGGGUUGCUUGGAGUCGGGCUCGUUGAAAACGACGCCUUCCAUUUGAACCACAACCAGGAGAAACGUAAGUGCAGCAGUGCGAGCUCGAACGAACAAGACUUUGGACUUUACGGGGUCCACCAGGGUUUGGAAGCCAGUCCGCCAACGCCAGCAGCAACUCCCGGGAGGAAUAGCGUCGGCAAUGCCACUAGUGUUGGUGCUGAGGGUGCUUUCAAAAAAUUGAAACCCGAGCCCUGUGCCUCGAGUCCGCACAUCGGCCACACACCGACCACAGCAAGCUGUCCUACGCCCGCUAGAAGACGACACAGGACAACAUUCACCCAGGAGCAGCUGGCGGAAUUGGAAUCGGCGUUCGCGAAAUCCCAUUAUCCGGACAUAUACUGCAGAGAGGAAUUAGCGAGGAGCACGAAAUUGAACGAGGCUAGAAUUCAGGUAUGGUUCCAAAAUAGAAGAGCCAAGUAUCGGAAACAGGAAAAACAGUUACAAAAAGCAUUGGCACCUAUUCCUACUUGUCAAGGCGCUAUGAUGAGAAAUAUUUAUCCAGGUGCCGGCAGAGGGUAUCAGCCCUAUGCUCAUCCGCACAAUAGCAUCAAUGGAAUAAAUCGUUAUCCACAGAUGGGAGCCUCAUCAUAUCCAAGUAUGCCUCAGCCUUUCUCGAUGUCGCACUCAGCGUCGAAUAUGUCUGCGGUAACGGGAAUGCGACAAGACGCGAUGGGAAUGUCCGCAGAGGAUGAAUGGUACAACAAAAGUAUCUCAGCGUUGAGAAUGAAUACGGCACACCAUCCAAAUCUGGCUGCGCCUAUGCUUCAAUACCAAACAUAA